AUGGCUUUUCUUUGUGCCCCCAAAGGCGCCGGAGAGACCAUCGGAUCGGGCCCGAACACAUGGCCCCAGGACUUGGUGGUGCCUAAGUUGCUGGAGUCCCCGAGUUGGAAGGCGUGGCCGAAAAACCGCUCGGCAAUCGGCGAGGGGAGUGGGGCCUGCCGCAGUUCGGAGGAGGGCCAAGAGCGUCUCCUGGUGGAGGCCUUCCAAGACAUGUACAGAUCGGCGGACGAGGCACUACUGGCCAUGUGCGCCAAGCAGUCGCAGCACUACGCCACGUGCACCUCCGUGACGGUGCUGAUCAUGGGCGAUCUUUUGGUGGUGGGGCACCUUGGGGACUCCCGCGUGGUGCUGGUCAAGGAAGAGGAGUCGAGACCCGGUGUCCUGGUAGGCGAACAGCUCACUGCGGACCACAAGCCAGACCUCGAGGCCGAACGCCGGCGCAUUGAGCAAUGCGGCGGGAUGGUCGAGCGCUUGCACAACCAUGGGAACAAGCCCUUCAUCCGCGGAGGAGACUUUACCAUGCGCAAGGCGCCGAUCCGACGCAUCGGCCAAGCGGUGUUCAGCGGCACCCUCUCCAGUGGCUACGCGGAGCCCACACCGCCCAUGACCUCGAGCACGGAGCGCGGGGGGCCGUACUUACCAGGCCCGGUGAGGCCAAGCAGCACCUGCACCGCGCCCUGGCCGGAGGCGCCCAUCGGCCGGGGGCCCUGGCCCGGGCCCCCGCGGGGCGCCGGCAUCAUGGCCUUCCAAGAGGAUCGCGUUUGCCUCGUGGAGAGCCGGAACGGGAAGUUGAGCUUUCCCAAAGGCGGAAAGAAGAAGUCAGACAAGUCGGUCAUUGACUGCGCAUUUCGCGAGUUGCUGGAGGAGACCAGCAUCCCGAGAAAUCGGGUAAUGCUGCACGAAGGCCUUCAUGUGGACGAGGAGAAGUUCGGGUGCCGUUACCUCCUGGCCGAGGUCCUUCCGUCGGAGUCUGACAUGGAGUCGCGGAGCUGGACGCCGCGCCACGAAGACCCCGCGGACAAGGACCCGGUGGUGAAGGCGCACUGGGCGCCCUUGGUGGAGGUGCUGGCGGGCUCCUGGCCCGGGCUGCACCCGGGGCGCGUGCAGAUGCUGCAGAGCGCGUUGGCCAUGCGCCCAACAUGCGCCCGGUCUGGCGAGAACCCGAGCUGA